GUACCGUCACAUGACAGAAACUACAACCACACACACACGCUCGACUUGAUCGCUCGGCUGUGUGUGCACACAUCUGAUGGCACAUCUACACAUGAUAUGAUCCGUGAUUUUAGAACUCGCUUUGCAAGGAUGGAGUUUUUAACUCCACUUUUGUGUUUAUCGUGGUGUGUGUAUGUUCACGGAAGUGAUGUGUGUUCUACGGACCCUGAAGAAUUGGCACAGGAUAAUGCCGAACGACAACAUCAACUAGAUAGUUUGAAUUUACUUUUAUUCUUGAGCUUGCUUGUGUUAACUAUUUUGACAAUCUGGCUGUUUAAACACCACCGGGUUCGGUACGUCCACGAAACGGGAUUGGCUAUGCUUUAUGGUGUUAUUGUUGGUGCAAUUGUGUGGUAUUCCAGUACAGACCAAACCCACGACACAGAGGAAUUCAGUCGCAGCGGCGAUUGCAACAAGGAGCCGUCUAGUACUCUGCUCCUGGAAGUCAACUACCCUGAUGACAACCAUGUCAAGUAUCAGUAUAGACAAGAAGGAAUUGUACAGAACUUGACAAAUGCAACUAACUCUGAUUUUGAAGAGAAGGUGAACUUUGACCCUGAGACUUUCUUCAAUGUGUUACUCCCACCUAUAAUAUUUUAUGCAGGAUACAGUCUAAAACGACGCCAUUUUUUUCGUAAUCUGGGAUCAAUUAUGUUGUAUGCAUUUCUAGGGACAUGCAUUUCAUGUUUUGUAGUUGGAGGUGUUAUGUACAUAUUUGUUGUGCUGGUAAUGCAGAAAGAGGGCUUCAACAUCCAAGAUUGCUUUUUAUUUGGAGCCAUCAUUUCAGCCACAGACCCAGUCACUGUGUUGGCAGUGUUUCAUGAUCUACAUGUUGAUGUGGACAUGUAUAUAUUAGUCUUUGGGGAAAGUGUUUUAAAUGAUGCUGUAGCCAUAGUCCUUUCAAGGUCAGUAAUUUCUAUUCCUAGCUUAAGUGUGGUUAAAUAUUGUUAAUUUUAAAACUAUAUUUGAUUUUCAUUAUCAAACAUUUCAGGGGCCCCAAGUUUCUUGCAAAUCACAGAAAUCUCUCUUAAAACAAGACUGUCUCCCACACUCUAGACUUGCCACAAGUCUCUUAUUUUUUAAAAUUAUUUUUCUCAUUCUGGACAGCGCCACCAAGAAAGUUAA